AUGGGCUUUGAAGAUGAAGAAUUGGAACCCCUCAAUUAUGAGCUAGCGAACAUCAGAAAACGAAAAACUAAGGGCAUUUUUCCGGUAGAGCUUGCGUUGUGGACUUUGCUGGUUUGGGGCUCGUUCGCUCUUCUAAAAACAAUUGAUUCUGACGUGCCAAGUGGUAUCUCUGCGUUUUUCAAGUGGCACUGGCCGGUCCGUCCAGGAAAGCAAUCCUUAGACAAAAUAUCAUUCGCGAACGUUCGCAACGCGACAUUUGCUCCCCAACUGCAUUCUAUUCAGUGGAUCAGUGGCGUCGAUUCUUCUGUUAGUGACAAAGGCUUGUUUCUGAGUGAAAAAGACGACUCUUAUGUCGUUGAGUCUGUGUUGGACAAGAACUACUCCAGAGUUCUCUUGGACUCCAAGCACUUCGAACACGAUGGUUAUAACUACAGUGUCGAAUAUGUGAAGGCGUCUCCUGACCUGUCCCAGGUCUUGCUGAGGUCGAACACGACAAAGAACUGGAGGCAUUCUACCGUCGGGUCCUACUUCCUGCUGGACGAAGACCAGAAUGGAUUGCGUCUUUUGGGUCACGGCAUAGCCCUUGUUCAGUGGUCCCCGAACUCCCAAGACCUGGCAUACGUUCAAGCAAAUGACAUGUUUCUGUAUUCCACAAAGACGCAUACUGUCAGUAGGCGUAUAACAAACGAUGGAAGUGCUCAGGUUUUCAAUGGUAAACCUGACUGGGUUUACGAAGAGGAAGUUUUUGAAGGUGACUCCGCGAUGUGGUGGUCUCCAAAAGGUGACUACUUAGCUUACCUUAGAAUAAACGAGACAUUAGUUCACGAAUUCCCCAUCCCUUACUUUGCACAAGACGAUGCCGAUAUUUAUCCAGAGGUGCGCAAGAUUAAGUAUCCGAAAAGUGGAAGCGCCAACCCUCAAGCAACGCUUAUGGUAUACGACAUCAAUGCUCAGAAGUUCUCAGCUGUUGAGCAUGGAGAUGCUUCGACACUUAUUACAGAGGUCUUGUGGGUCGGCGAUGCUAAAAUACUCGCCAAGACUAGCGAUCGAUGUUCAGAUGUGCUGUCUGUGGUGUUAGUCGAUGCAGAGAAGGGAGCUUCCCACGAGGUACCACGCAAAGAAUCUUCGGAAGACGGUUGGUGGGAAAUCACACACAACACCAAAUACGUUCCUCGGGAUUCUUUGAGGGGUAGAGACCAAGAUGGCUAUGUGGACUUAAUCCCAUUCAAUGGAUACAAUCACUUGGCGUACUAUUCUCCAGCCAAUUCCACAGAUCCUGUUAUGCUAACAAGCGGCGAGUGGGAGGUAGUCGAUGGUCCAGCUGCAAUUGAUUUCGAAAGCAACAACGUAUAUUUUAUCGCAACAAAGAAGGAUUCAGCCGAGAGACAUAUAUACAGCGUCAACCUUCACGAUCCGUUGAAUAUCAAGGAUGUGUCUGACACAUCUGAGGAUGGAUACUUCUCCAUAUCGUUUUCCUCAGGCUCUAGAUUCGCGCUUGUCUCGUACUUGGGCCCAGAAGUGCCGUACCAAAAAGUUGUCGAAUUCAAGUCGAAUACCUCAGAUGCUUUGACGGCUGGUAAUGUGUUAGGGAAGACUUUGUUCUGCCUUGAAGAAAAUGAGACUUUGAAGUCGAGACUUAAACAUUACGAAAUACCUCAAAAGACCUUCAGAGAGAUGAAUUUGGGUAAGGACAAGAACGGCCACGACAUCAUUGCUAGCUCUUAUGAAAUAUUGCCUCCAAAUUUCAAUCCCAAAUUGAAAGACCACUAUCCAGUGUUCUUCUACGCGUAUGGUGGGCCUAACUCUCAGCAGGUCGCCAAGCUGUUCUCGAUUGGUUUUAAUCAAGUUGUCUCGUCACAGCUGAAUGCCAUUGUUGUGGUUGUUGACGGCCGUGGUACUGGCUUUAAGGGAAGAGAUUUCAGGGCUUUAGUGCGGGAUAAUUUAGGCGAUGUGGAGGCUCAAGACCAGAUUAGCGCUGCAAAACAGUAUGCAGCAAAGCCAUUUGUUGACGCCCAAAAGAUCUCUCUUUUCGGCUGGUCGUACGGAGGCUAUUUGACAUUGAAAACGCUUGAAAGAGACGCUGGUCGGACCUUCAAGUACGGUAUGUCGGUGGCGCCUGUGACCGAUUGGCGCCUGUACGAUUCUGUUUACACGGAACGAUACAUGCACAAACCUCAGCAGAACAGCGAUGGCUACGCAAAAGCAAAGGUGCAUAAUGCUAGUGCUUUGGGCGAAACUACCAGGUUUCUAUUGAUGCAUGGAUCUGGAGACGACAAUGUGCAUUUCCAGAAUUCCUUGAAAUUUUUGGACAUGCUGGACCUCGCAGGAGUCGAGAACUAUGACAUGCAUGUUUUCCCGGAUUCAGACCACAGCAUUAGAUACCACAAUGCGAACAACAUAGUUUACGACAAGUUGUUGAACUGGGCAGCUCAGGCCUACGAUGGCAGAUUUUUGGCCUUAUGA